CGUCGCCGCCGCCAGCUAGCCCCUAUAUAUGACCUUUCUUUUCCGGCGUAUGCCGGAGAGCUCACCGUUAAACGCCGGAAUGCAAUUGGACCCGGUUCCAGAUCCAUCCUUCAUUAUCCGGCUAUUCGAGUCGGAGCAUAACCACGUGCCCCACCCGGAUUACCGUGUCCAACUUCUCCGUCACCGGCCAGUCCACCUCGCCGCACGGCAGGACUCCAUUAAUUGGAUUCUCAAGGUCCACGCGCAUUAUCACUUCAACCCUGCAACUGCGUUUCUCUCCAUCAACUACUUUGACCGUUUUCUUUCCCUCCACACCUUACCGGUCGGCGGGUGGCCGCUGCAGCUGUUGUCGGUGGCGUGUUUGUCUCUGGCGGCGAAGAUGGAGGAGCCAAACGCGCCGGUGCUGAUGGAGUUGCAGCUGUUUGACCCGAAAUACGUUUUCGAGCCGAAAACCAUCCAGAAAAUGGAGCUCCGAGUCAUGCACGCUCUCAAUUGGCGCCUUCACUCUGUUACUCCUUUUGACUACCUUGAUUACUUUGUCUCCGAGCUCCGUAUUUCCCGGCCGCCGGAUCCUCGCCGCCGGUUUGAAGAUAUUAUUCGCACCUUCCCGGAUUUCGUUCUCAACACCGCCCGUGUGACAGACUUCUUGGGAUUCCCGCCGUCGGUGAUAGCAGCGGCUGCCGUGAUAACUGCCGUUGGUGACGCCAUGGAUAUUCCAGAAAGCUUCUACAAUAGAGUAGAUAAAGAAAAGGUGCAGAGCUGCCACCGGCUAAUGGAGGAGUACCUGGCGGCGCCGCCGCUGCCGCCUGAAGCUUACAGCCCCUGCGGCGUUCUCGACGCGGCGGAUUGCGGCAGUUGCGACACGCGCUCGGAAGAUCCCGUUUUAGUUUCCGGCACUUCUUCAGACGCCGCGCCGAUCGCCGGAGCUCAUCCGCCGCCAGAACUGAAGAGGCUAAAAUCAUCCACCGCCGAUGUACAGGAAGAACAAUAAUGUCACAAAAUAUUUAAUUUCCAUAACUAAAAAGAAAUUUUGGGAUUCGAGAGUUUGUUAUAACGAAAAUAUUCUUUCCACGUCCUCGGGGAAUGCCACGUGUAGGACAAGGUUUGUGCCACGGUGGAUGUAAAGUAGAAUUUUACGCAGUGUAAUCACCUAAUGGCAGAGGUUUUACCGGUAAACCAUGCUUUUUUUUAA